UUAUGUUGGCAAUACACCUUGAAAUUGGCGCGCGUUUGGUUUUGAGGUUAUUGUUUGGAAAGGUAACUUAUUUUGAAAUUAAUUAAUUAUUUUUUAAUGGCAAUUGAUAGAAAACCUGUGCGAUAUGCACAUUCUGAUGGUCACACUGAUGUAUCGUAUUCUGAAGAUGGGACGAAGUUAUUAACUUGUGGUACUGAUGGUGAUAUACGCAUAUGGCAUGGUUUUGAUGAUGAUGAUCCUGUGCAGACGUGUGUUGGAGAUUGGAAUUUGUGCAUACGACAAAAAGGGAACAAUAUUUUUGUAGCCACUGACAACAACGAUAUACAAAUAUUAACUUAUCCUGAAGCCGAAAGAAACGGUGUUUUAGUAAGAUGUACGGCUCAUAUAAACCACAUUGUUGUAGGAAAAGAUAAUACUAUUGCAGCUGCUUCAGAAGACAUGGAAGUAAAGAUUAUUAAAUUAAGUGAUUCUGAAGACAGCCAUAAUGAAACUGUUGCAUUUGGUGACAUAAAAGGUCCUCCUUUAAGUGUUGCCCUUUGCCCAAAAGGAAGAUUCUUGGCAGUAAGCUGUGGAGACGGAAAUUUAUAUGUUUGGGAAAUAAGUACUAAAACAUUAGUGAAGACAUUUGCAGUUGUUCCUAAAGUUAAUAGCUUCAUGAACGCUAAAAUCCUUUGUAGAAUUGAUUUUGACCCUGAAGAAGGUAGAAUGUUAGCAUAUCCGGAUAAAAAUAAAAUCAUCAUCUUAAAUACAUUCGACUGGUCAGAAAAAUUAACAUUAACAACAACAGAUGUGGAUUUGUCAUUUUCAAUUGUACAAUAUUCUCCAUGCGGAAGAUAUUUAGCUGCUUGUUCUCUGACUGGGGAUAUAGUAGUCUGGGAGGUAUUUUCACAAAAUCUUGUUGAUGUUUCAAGACAUUCAAAGCCUAUUGCUUUGUGUGCUCUUGUAUGGAAUCCAUUAGGCAAUGGUGAACUUGCAUUUUGUGACACUGAAGGACAGUUGGGAAUAGCUUCAAAUUGCACCCAACUGCUAGAUACAAUAGAUCAAAUUAUUCCAAGGGCUGCAGAAGGGCAAAAAGAUGUAGAUUUCUCUGGAUUUCAAUUUGAGGACAAUGAUUUUGAUGAAGAUGAUGAAAAUACAGUUUCAAUUAACAAACUUAAGGAUGAAACAAUGAGGUCUGCUGAACCAGAAUUGGAAUCUGUAAAAGGUACAUCUAGGUCUUCAACACCCAGGCCACGAACUCCUGCAAUUCCUUUACAGCCUCCUUUCAUGCCUUCCUCCACACCAGAGCAUCUUUGUCCUCGAUAUUUGUGCUGGAAUGAAGUUGGAAUAGUGCAAAGUUUUGGGAACGAAGAUUUAGGAGAAAGUAAAAGUAUAGAAGUGGAAUUUCAUGACACUACAUUCCAUAAUAGCAUUAUGAUGCCCAAUUUUCAAGAUUACAGCAUGGGCUGUCUUAGUACAGUCGUUGUGUGUGUUGCUAAUUCUAGUCAAAUCAGCGUAUUAGUACUUAGUUCUGGUAGCAAUGAAUGGACUCAAUCUGUGCCAGAUUCUGAAGAAAUAAUUUGCUGUGCAUGUUCGGAUCGUUUAGUUUCUUAUGGCACAAAUGCGUAUACUGUGAGGGUUUCUACGGUUUAUGGUACACAAAAAGGGGUUUUCAAGACUCCCGGGCCUAUUGUUUGCCUAGCCGCAAGAGGGCACGCCGUCGCUGUGGUGUACCACAAGGGACCAGUCAGGCAAAUGGAUAUGUGCUUGGGACUUAUAUUGGUGGACUUUUCAGGUCUGAUACCUUCAAGUAAGCAGCUAGACUGUCCCAUAAGUCCGGAGUCAACUUUGCAAUGGUUGGGACUGACUGACUUUGGUAAUCCUGCAAUACAAGAUUCGAUGGGGAUUCUGUCGUUGUAUGUGAUGAAUUCUAACAUCUGGGUUCCCUUCUGUGAUACUACUAAACAAGUGACGAAUGCUUCUGAUGGAUUCUUCAUUACUGCUGUUUUUGAAUCAAACCAGAGUGUAAGGGGAGUCCGCUGCAAGGGCAGUAUGUAUCCCGGGUUCAUACCACGUCCCACUCAAAGUGAAAUACAUCUUGAGGCUGCCUUUGCUGAAAUGGAUACCGAAAAAGCUCAACUGGAAGCAAAUUUGUUUACUUGGUCGUCUCUAAACGUGGAAAAUGUGGAAAGAAAGUAUAAAGAAAAUGCCAUGAAAUUAUUUUCGCUUGCCUGUCAAAAUAAUUUGGAUCUAAGGGCAUUCGAAUUGAUGACAAUGUUAAACAAUCCUGUUUUGGUGACAUUGGCCAUGAAAUAUGCUACUAAUGCAGAUAAGAAAAGACUUGCUGAGAAAUUACUAUCCCUUGCCUCUACAUUGAGACAGAGCAGUGCAGAAACUCCAGCUACAAACCAAAAUGCAAAUUCAGAAAAUUCUACUCCAAUAAAUGCUACGAUCCAAUCUAAAAAAUUGUCGUUAAGUAGUACUUAUAAGUUGAAGCAAAAAAUGAAACGGAUUACCCAGGAAAAGAGUUCUGAAAAUAACGUAGAUGCUGUAAGAGAUUCUUCGCAGGACCAAACAGAUACAACUGCAAGCAAUAAAACACUUAACGACACAAUCGCAAUAGACUCGCAGGAGUCGUUAUUCGCAGAAGAAGAGCCUCCGAGAAACCCGUUUUUGAAAAGCCUGAAAAAACCCGAUUCUAAUUCGUCGCAUUCUCAAUCACCUACCUUAAAUAAUAAGAAAAAGGAUAAAGAGAAUGAUAACACUUAUUCAAAUAAAACAUGUUUAAAAAAAUAUUUGCUGUAA